CCCUCUCCCCAAAAAGACUGGCGUAUGUUCCAGAUCGCCUUGGCUUGUCGGGUCCCCGGUCCUCCCCGGGCUGCUGCUGCUGCUGCUUGUCUCUGGCCGGCCUCGGAUCCAGGCUCCUUCAUGAUUUGCGGGCGUCAUGCACGUUCUUUAGCCGGGAAGCCUUGCUGUCGUCCCGCAUGUUCAGGACCAAACGAUCGGUGCUCGUCCGGCGACUCUGGAGGAGCCGAGCUCCCGCCGAGUCGGGGGAAGGUGCUGGGGAAGGAGAGAGCCGGGCGGCGCAGCAUGGGGGCUGCUGCAUGGGCAAGACGGGCAAGGUGCCCCGGGCUCAGCUGGGCUCCGAGGCUGAACUGAAGGCGAUCACCCACUCCGUGCUCAAGAGGCUUAAGGAGAGGCAGCUGGAGGGCUUGCUGCAGGCGGUGGAGUCCAGAGGAGGAACCCGCAGCCCCUGCCUGCUGCUGCCCGCUGCCAAGCUGGACUCCAGGCUGUGCCAGCAGCCCUUCUCCCUGCCCCUGCUGUUCGGCAAGGUCUUCAGGUGGCCCGAUCUUCGCCACUCGGCCGAGGUCAAGAGGCUGAGCUGCUGCGAGUCGUAUGGCAAGAACAACCCGGAGCUGCUCUGCUGCAACCCGCAUCACCUGAGCAGGCUGUGCGAGCUAGAGUCCCCCCCACCUCCCUACUCCAGAUACCCAAUGGAUAUUCUCAAAACUUCUGCAGAUUGUCCAGACUUCGUGCCUUCCUCUACAGAGACAGGGGGAUCUAAUUAUUUGGCCCCUGAGGGGCUUUCAGAUUCCCAACUUCUUCAGGAGUCUGGGGACCCGUCCCAUUGGUGCGUGGUAGCGUACUGGGAAGAAAAAACGCGGGUGGGUCGUUUGUAUUCUGUCCAAGAACCUUCCCUGGAUAUCUUUUAUGAUCUACCUCAGGGGAACGGCUUCUGCAUAGGACAACUGAAUUCGGACAACAGAAGCCAGCUGGUGCACAAAGUGCGCAGCAAAAUCGGCUACGGCAUCCAGCUCACCAAGGAAGUGGACGGCGUCUGGGUUUACAACCGCAGCAGCUAUCCCAUUUUCAUCAAGUCGGCCACACUGGACAACCCCGAUUCUAGGACGUUAUUGGUCCAUAAAGUGUUCCCCGGAUUCUCCAUCAAAGCUUUUGACUAUGAGAAGGCUUACAGUUUGCAACGGCCCAACGACCACGAGUUUAUGCAACAGCCCUGGACUGGGUACACUGUACAGAUAAGCUUUGUGAAGGGCUGGGGACAGUGCUACACGAGACAGUUUAUCAGCAGUUGUCCUUGCUGGUUAGAGGUGAUCUUCAAUAACCGAUGACUCAGAAACAAGUGGACUUCGGGACUUCUUUACUACUUGCUGCUAAAAUUUCCUUCCGAGUGCUUGCUUCUUUGUGCAUACUUUUUUUUUGUUUUGUUCCCCCCUCACCCUCCCCACAGAUGUUUGUGUUUGUUUUUGAGAAAUAGCUUAUGUCAAGGAUAUUUUUUUUUUUUCAAAAACUUUUCUUACAAGUGUGUAUGAGGUCUCAUGGAAGAGAGCGGGUGGUAGGUUGGGGGAGGGGAAGGAAGGUGGUGAAGGACAGGCCCCCCCUUUCCAUCUUGUGACGUUGUAGUCCUG